AUGUCUGUUAGAUGUCAAGGCUUUCAUGAUGGGCUUUGUGGCAUAUACAGUGUAACAAACGCUUUCAAACAUUUAACCAAAUGUAAUCAGGAAGCUGAAAUUGCUUUGUUCAAGAGAAUGAUCGAUUCUGAUUACUUCAAAAAAUCCUGUAUUUAUGAUGGUUUGUCCGUAAAGCAACUUGCAGAUAUCAUCAAUGAUAUACAACCCUAUCUCACAGUUGGGGCGUAUAAAGUAAGCAUUCAACAAAAGAAUCUUGACGUGGAACGAUCUGACAGUUAUUUUAAAACUCUCAAGAAAUUGCUUGAAGAAAACGAGAACUCUGUUGCAAUCAUUGGUAUUGAAGGAAAGAUAAAUCAUUGGACAGUGGUUUAUAACGUCACGGACGACCAAAUGCAAGUAGCAGAUUCUGGAGGGAUGAAAGUUAUCAAUCGUACCUUCUGCAUUGUUUCAAAUAGAAACAUUGACAACAAAUACAAUCUCAUACCAAGUGAGGUAUUCUUGGUUUCGAAAAUGAAAUAA